AUGAUUUCGUUGCAGACAGUGGUGUUGGAGCAGGUGAAGAAGGAAGCUGAGACGAAGGUGGUGUUCUUCGUGCUUCUGUGGCCUUGUAUCUUUGGCGUGGCUGGACUGCUCCGAGUUUUCCACAGCAUGUGCCAGCUGCAGCUGGCGCACGUAGCCCUGAAACAUGGCGUGUGCCUUACCAGGCCAGCGAGUGCCGCAAGAAACGACCUUUUCACCGCUGCGGGCACGUCCAUUUUAGCCAUCUGCGUUGCUGUGGCAUUGGCUCACAUCCGGCUCUGGCUGCUGCUAGGGUUGGUUGUAGGGCUCUUUUCAGGCCCUACUUUGAGCAUCAUUGGUGAGCUGCAGAAGGCUCGUGCCCAAGAAGCAGCUUUGCGACAAGCCGAGGGUAGCCAUCGUUUGAAGUCGUUGCAAGACCUCUUCCGAGCUGCUCCGAAGCAGGAGCUCGUGCAGCUGGGAGAAUUGCGAAUGGUUCCCUUCAGCGUGAUGAUAUACGCAGGUCGGUCCUCAGACCCGGCUGACUUGGUCAAGACGUUGCAAGCAUCUGACAACACAGAAGAGGAGUUGCACUCCUUCAAUUUCUUCCGAGAUGUCUUCUGGCAUGGCCAUGCGCUAAGCCGCAUGACUGGAUCCUUUGUGGGCUUCCUCACCAUGCCGCUGUUCCUGGCCCUUGUGGCCUUCUUGCUCUUGUCAUCCUCUUUGCAAUCGACCUUCUACCUUUGUAGCUCGCCACAACUCAACCACUUGAGCCUGGCAUCGGGCCACCUGCAAUUCCAUCCGUGGGUGCGCAAGUAUGCCGUGAGUCUGGACAAGAGCUUCAAGGAAGCAUUCGUUGUCGCAAGUGCCGAGGAGUCUUCGACAAAGACCUUGCGAAUCGACGAGCAGGUCACAAACCAAAGCGCCACGACAGAGUCAGUUCAGCUCAUGGUGCCGUUGCCACGCGUGAGCCAGGUGGCUUCAAUGCACUAUAAACAGCUGUUGAGUGUAUAUGCAGGACAAAUGAGUGUUCAAGCACACAGGCUUGCAUAUAUCGCUCUCGUGCCCUGA